AAAAAUAAAAAUAAAAAAAAGGAAAGAGAAAGAGAAAGAAACAGACGCAGACGGAGACGGAGACGGAGCUUUAGCCUAAUAGCUCAGCUGAAGCGAAAUAUCACAACAAAUCCUCUUCCCCAAAAAAGCAAACCAGACGAGACUCGAGAGCAUUCUUCUCUUCCGAAAAGAUAGAGAGAGAGAGAGAGAGAGCCGCCGGCCAAAAAUUCCGAUUCCAUUCCUCCUUAGUCGUCGGACAAAAUGCUCCUCUUCUUCUCUCCGGUCUCCGGUGCCGGCAGUGGCUACUCCUUCUGAAAUUCUCCUGCCCGCUCUCACAUAGACAGGAAGCCCCUAAAUUACUGUGCGGGAGACAAAAAAAAGAAGAGAGGAGAAUACCACAGAGAGGGCGGUACAGCAAAAAAAUGCGAGAGGGGGUAAUCGGUGAUGAGAGGAGCGACGCCAAGCCGAAGAGGUCUGGCGGACUCGACGAGGAAAACAACAAGGUCGUGGUGUUGCUCAAGGAUAAAGACAACGGCAACACCCUCCUCCCGCGGCCGCAGCUUCCGGCCGCGGCGGCGAUUUCUUUGCCACCUCAGCCAAUCGUCGUCGGCCGUCCCCGAUCCCAGUCCGCCACUCGACGAGUCACCCCUACUACCACCACGAUAGCUUCGCCCGCGCUGGACGGCUCCAGCGGCGGCGACGCCACCACCACCUCCACAGUCGAGAAGCACCUCCCCAACGGAGAUCUGUACCUCGGAUCCUUCUCCGGCAACGCGCCUCACGGAUCCGGGAAGUACCUCUGGGCCGACGGCUGCAUGUACGAGGGGGAGUGGCGCCGGGGGAAAGCCUCCGGAAAAGGGAAAUUCUCUUGGCCUUCUGGUGCGACGUUUGAAGGGGAAUUCAAGUCCGGUAGGAUGGAAGGGUUUGGGACCUUCACCGGAUCCGACGGGGAUACCUAUCGCGGCUCCUGGAGCGCCGAUCGGAAGCACGGGUACGGUCAGAAGCGGUACGCCAACGGGGAUUUCUACGAGGGGACUUGGAAGAAGAAUCUCCAGGACGGUCAAGGGAGGUAUGUGUGGAAGAAUGGGAACGAGUACGUUGGAGAAUGGAAGGCCGGGGUUAUCUCCGGGAAGGGGGUUUUGAUCUGGGCCAAUGGGAACCGAUACGACGGCCAGUGGGAGAACGGAGUUCCCAAGGGGAACGGCGUCUUCACCUGGCCGGACGGGAGCUGCUACAUCGGGACGUGGAAUAGCGGCAAGGAUUUGACCAGAGCCCAGCAGUUGAACGGAACCUUCUAUCCGGGGAACGGGAAGGAGCAUUGUUUCAAAGGGAACGACGGAGAUUUCGUUGCGACGAUGGCGACGCGGAAGAGAUCUUCGGUGGAUGCUGGGAGAGGGAGUAGUAUCAAUUUCCCCAGGAUAUGCAUAUGGGAGAGCGAUGGUGAGGCGGGUGACAUUACCUGCGAUAUCAUUGAUAAUGUGGAGGCUACCAUGAUUUACAGAGAUGGUUUGGGAUUUGAACGAGAUGGGAUUCACCAGUUCCGGAGAGGGCCUUGUUGUUUCAAUGGGGAGGCUAAGAAGCCUGGCCAGACCAUUUCCAAAGGCCAUAAGAACUACGAUUUGAUGCUUAAUUUGCAAUUGGGUAUCAGAUAUUCAGUGGGGAAACAUGCUCAGAUAGUUAGGGACUUGAAGCCUUCUGAUUUUGAUCCCAAGGAGAAGUUCUGGACCAAGUUCCCUGCAGAGGGAUCGAAAAUUACACCUCCACAUCAGUCGUCAGAGUUCCGAUGGAAGGAUUACUGUCCAAUGGUGUUCCGGAAUUUGAGGGAGCUAUUCGAAAUAGAUACAGCUGAUUACAUGCUGGCUAUAUGUGGUAAUGAUGCCCUCAGAGAGCUUUCAUCUCCAGGGAAGAGUGGAAGCUUCUUUUACCUUACCCAAGAUGAUCGAUUCAUGAUCAAGACGGUGAAAAAAUCUGAAGUCAAGGUCCUCAUUCGGAUGCUUUCCAGUUAUUAUCAGCAUGUAUGCCGGUAUGAGAACUCGCUCGUAACGAAGUUCUUCGGCGUGCAUUGUGUUAAACCAGUUGGUGGUCAGAAGACACGUUUCAUUGUGAUGGGUAACUUGUUCUGCUCAGAGUACAGAAUACAUAGGAGAUUUGACUUAAAAGGAUCCUCCCACGGUCGCACAACCGAUAAGCCCGAGGGUGAGAUUGAUGAAACCACAACUCUCAAGGACCUUGAUCUCAAUUUUGUAUUCCGUCUCCAGCGGAAUUGGUACCAGGAGCUUAUGAAGCAAAUCGAUCGAGAUUGUGAAUUUCUGGAAGCUGAGAGGAUAAUGGAUUACAGUCUCUUGGUUGGUCUUCACUUCCGUGACGACAGCACUUGUGAUAAAAUGGGGUUAUCACCAUUUGUUUUGCGCUCAGGGACCAAGGACUCCUACCAGAAUGAGAAGUUCAUGCGUGGCUGUCGAUUUCUUGAGGCAGAGCUACAAGACAGAGAUCGAAUUUUGGCUGGCAGGAAACCGUUGAUAAGGUUGGGGGCAAACACGCCGGCGAGAGCAGAGAGAAUGGGUCGACGGAGCGACUUUGAUCAGUACACGCCAGGGGGAGCGGGGCAGUUGAUGCCGUGCAGGAGUGGGGAGGCGAGCGAGGUGGUGCUGUAUUUCGGGGUCAUCGAUAUACUGCAAGACUACGACAUCAGCAAGAAGCUGGAGCAUGCAUACAAGUCGUUGCAGGUGGAUCCAGCGUCGAUCUCGGCGGUGGAUCCCAAGCUCUACUCCAAGAGGUUCAGGGAUUUCAUCGGGCGAAUAUUCAUCGAGGACAGGUAGCAAACUAUAAGAUCCUUUUGCUUCUGUGUGUCCUUUAAAUUAAACCCCCCCCCCAUCCCAUUGUGUGGUUUUGGGGCAGAGAAAUGAAUGCCCCUUAAAUGGUGGGAGAUGGGGGCAUUUAAGUAGAGUAAGUAAGGAUGAAGAUGAAGGGAGGGGAACAAAACUACUACACUACAUGAUGAACAUCAGACCAGGGCAAGCCGUGAUCUAUUAAUUAAUGAAGAGAAUCAAGAAGGGCUUAGCUGGCUGGCUGGCUGGCUGGCUGGCUGGAUGGCUGAGUUUUGGGAAGUUGGGCCAUGGGUAUUGCUCAUGGUAGAUUUGGGGAUUUGGGGAAGGUGAUGAUGACAAAUGGUGGUGUUUGUAAAUUGAAUGGGGGGAGUGGGAGUUGGUUCUUUUCUCUGUGGAGAUGGAUGGAUGGAUGUGAUUCCAUUGCUCCUUUUGGUUCUCUUUUUGGGUUCUGUAUUGCUGGUUUAGGGUUUGCACUGUCACUAGAUUAGAGGGAGGGUUACUUUGGGAAGGAAGUUUUGUUUUUUGGGGAUAUGGUUAAAAGAGGAUUGGUAAAUGGUGGGGUUGGGGGGGGAAAAUGGGCUGUAAAUUUUUUCCCCUGGGGAGGUGGUGGAAGAUUCAAAAUAAGGGAAGUGUACAGCUUAUAGGAAUGACAGAUUGAAUCCAGAAAAAAAAGAGGUAAAAAUGAAACAGUGAAAAAAGAAAGUUGAUGAAUGAAUGAAUGGAUGGAUGGAUGAGCAGUUUUUUAGUUAAAUUUAUGUCUGUCUUUGUUCUUUUUUACCUUUCUGGUAACUAUUAUAUUAAUUACUGGUUGAGGAUUGAGACAGGAGAGAAGAGUCAGUGUGGAUAUGUUACCCUUUAUCAGCGGAUUUCAGUGUUUUUUUUUGACCGUCCAUUCAGUUGUUGCUCAGCUGCUGCUGCUGCAGCCAUUGUUGUUGGGGGUUCUGGAUCGGCAUUUUACACCGUUUUGGUAAUACAUUUGGCUUUAUGAGGAGUGAAAGCGGGUGGGGGGGAAGAAGGGAAGGUAAAGUGCAGCCAUGAAAAGGAGAGAAAGGCAAAACCCCAAACCUACUAUUGAAAGAUGCGCUGCCUGCCCCCACUCUGCCCCCCUUCCUUCUUGGUCUUCUUCUCCUUUACUGACCUCUCUCUCUCUCUCUCUCUCCUGUCACUAUUUUUUAAUGGUGUUAUGCCAUGGAACCAAAACUCUAUAGUCUAUAGUCUCCACAUUUUAAAAAGAGGGUUGAUAUGAAGAAAGCUUCUAUAGUUUAGAGUUUAUGUCAAAUAUGUCAUCAUAUUUUUUAUGUGACGGUUGUGUUUUAAUAUUUUG